AAGAGACCCAUGAAUGCCUUCAUGGUCUGGUCCCGGGGUCAGAGGAGGAAGAUGGCGCAGGAGAACCCCAAGAUGCACAACUCCGAGAUCAGGAAGCGGCUCGGCGCGGAGUGGAAGCGGCUGUGCGACGCGGAGAAGCGGCCGUACAUCGACGAAGCGAAGCGACUGCGCGCCCAGCACAUGAAAGAGCACCCGGACUACAAGUACAGACCGCGGCGUAAAGCCAAGCGCCUGCGAAAGGGGCGCUACCUGUUCUCCAUCCCAGCACUGCUCGGGGACACGCCCGCUGCUCUGCUCGAGGACGUACCUAUGGACUCGUUUCUGACAGCAGGAGAAAAAGCGAGAGGUCUGCUGGGACCGCGCUCUGCGUCUCUCCUGGAACAGAAUGUGGGCAGCAGAGGCUACUAUCCCGAAGGCUGGAGGGAGAGGAAGAACUAA